AUGACGAAGCAUGCUUCAGGUUCUCAUCUCGACUAUCCGAGUGCCAAGAAGAAACGCGUGUCAGAUAAUUCAACCGGACAACUUAUUCCAAUAGAUAUGGAGAGGACAGGAACGUCGGUGCGAGAGAAACUUCUCAAAGGCAUCGCUAUUGGCUUUGAAAGGGCUCAGAAUCAGCAGCAGCAGCAAGGUCAGCAACAACAAGCAGCUCAUAAUAGCCAAAGCUAUUAUGAAGUAGCUACAUUACAAGACGCUUUGGACAAAGAAUUCCAUGUAAACCCGCGCAUUCUUCAGAGCAUAAACUCUCCAUCACAAUCCCCCAAAAUGAUGUUUCCAGAGGAAGAAGAGGAAGAGUAUCAGGAGUCUAAUCCUGAAGAACGAAGGGAGAUUGGCAUACACCACUUUUGUCGCAGAAUCGACCAAAGGCGGAAUACAAGUCGAAGACUGCAGGCAGUCAUGAGGCUUUCAAACAACACCGCUUUCGUGCCCACUGGCGUGUCUCAAGCUUCAGCUCAACGUGGCCCGGGAGAAGAAAUACGCCUCUUUCUACAUUCAGCUUGCCGCAAAUACGGCUACAGGAAACUUGAACUGGAUCUGCUUGGAUUCUUGCAUAUCAAGGUUUCCCACGAUUUUAAGGGUGAGCCGCUUGGUUCUGUGCCCAUGCCUGCUACUGCGAGGACUGGGCUCCGCGUGGAACUUGACGCAAAAGAUGGGGGCCUGGCAAUCUAUGAGUCUGACGUACCUGACGAACUCGGUCGUGUCACCACGUGGUUGUGGCUCAAGAUUUGCAGGCCAUUGGCAAGCAACGAGCAAUCAAAACGCUUUCCCGCGCCAGAUAUGUCUACAGACCAAGAAGCCUGGAACAUCGUUGCGAUCCCCAAGUCUCAAGUGGAGGUGUUACGCGACGAAUGGUUUCAACGUCAUGGUUCCAGCGAAAUGACAAAUGGGGACUCCGUCAUGGAAGAUGCAGCGCCAGGUUCGGUCCCACAGGGGGGGAACUUUCAACCGAAGAAAAGAUCAGUAGCCAUGCGGUAUAGUCGUGAUGGAGUACCAAGUAUGGCGUGUUCGGACGAGAAGGGUGACGUUCAUUGGGCGUGGUUCGAUUUCCGGCCGGAUCUCGACGACUCCAAGUGGGAGGUGAUACAAGAUGCCAUGACGGCCAACUCGUGUUUUAUCCAUGCAUUUUCGAAGCCUGGGGUUGGGUGGGUUACUGUUCUCCCCGAACGGCCUGAUCAGCCUAAACGAUCUAGUGGUGGUGGCGAUGUCAGGAGGUCUUCAAGACUCAAGCACGAAGUCCAUCUGGAGGAUCGAUAG